GCGCUGGCAUGUCUCCUUGGAAGUAUCAGUGUGAGGGCUUCCAGAGAAGUUUGUUUAGAGCCCUCUGGACCCUUACCGACCCCAGGCCCAGGAUGUAGGCAGCCCCCUGACCAUGGGCAGUGAGUGUCCCGAUCUCUGAUCUCAGCCGCCCAGAUGGCCUCUGGACCUCCUAGGCACAGCAGAUCCUUCCUUUUCUCUCUGUUAGAAGUUAGGAGACUUCCCUGGCGGUCCAGUGGUUAAGACGCCAUGGUUCCACUGCAGGGGGCACCGGUUCAAUCCCUGGUCGGGGAAUGAAGAUCCCACAUGCUGUGUGGCGCAGCCUUAAAAAAAAAAAAGUUAGAAACCAUCAGGGGAGGGGUAACCUUCCCACAUGCCGCCCCCCCUUCCUCUGUGGCCUUAAGCGUCCCUGUGGGAGGACCCAAAAGGGCUGAACUCAGAGUCGCCCCAGCUCUCAGAGCCUGGGGUCCCCCAGCAGAAUAGGCCCACAGAAGCCCAGCCUCAGUCGGCGGAAUGUUCUCUGUGGCCAGGGGCCUGUGGUCUCUGGAGUGGCACUGGUGGGCCUGUAGGUUGGGGACAGAGAGUCUCUUGAGGGUGGAGGUGAGGAGGAGGUCAGCCAGGUGGAGGGAUCCAGCAUGAGGCGUCCGUCUGGUUGGAGGGGCCCCAGCGGGAAACAAAGCAGGGCAGGGGGUCAGGGAGGGUGGCUCAGCUGGCACAGGGACCAGAAGCCGGUGCUGCAGGGUCCUUGGUCUGCUCCCCCUAGAGAGGGUGUGUGCGCAGUUGGGGAGUGGUUUGGGGCCCUCAGUGCCCACCUGGGCCAUCUUCCAACUGUGUCCUGGGGAGAAGGAUGCGAGGGCACCCACCUGGGCCCCAGAGCGUGGCCUUGGGUCUGGGUGGGGCUGUGGGGGAAGGUGUUUCUAGGUGCUGGGCCAGCACAGCCUGUGAGCCGGCAGCCACGCUGGUGUCAUAAUUGGCCCCCGAGGGGUGUCACUGGCCUCCCUCCCCUGGGGCACUCCGCCUCUCCUGGAGCCAUCCCCAGCUAAGCACCAGAGAUGACCGAUCCCUUUUGUGUUGGAGGAGGCCGCCGGCUCCCGGGGUCCAGCAAGAGUGGGCCUGGGAAGGAUGGCGGCCGGAAUGAGGUCCGACUUCCCAUGCUUCACGACCCACCGAAGCUGGGGCUGCCGGUAGUCCGGGGUGGGCAGACAGCGCCCAGCCAGGCCCCGCUCUGCUUUGACCCGGGAAGUCCAGCCAGCGACAGAACGGAAGGGAAGAAAAAGGGGCGUCCAAAAGCCGAGAACCAGGCACUCCGAGACAUUCCUCUCUCCCUGAUGAACCAGUGGAAAGACGAGUUCAAGGCACACUCGAGGGUGAAGUGUCCAAACGCUGGGUGUUGGCUGGAGUUCCCCAGCAUCUACGGGCUCAAGUACCACUACCAGCGGUGCCAAGGGGGUGCCAUCUCAGAAAGGCUGACCUUCCCCUGCCCCUUCUGUGAGGCUGCAUUCACCUCUAAGACCCAGCUGGAGAAGCACCGGAUCUGGAACCACAUGGACCGACCCCUGCCUGCCCCCAAGCCUGGGCCGGUCAGCCGGCCAGUCACCGUCAGCCGGCCCGUAGGGGUCAGCAAGCCCAUUGGAGUAAGCAAACCUGUCACUAUCAGCAAGCCCAUCGGCAUCAGCAAGCCAGUGACGGUCAGCCGGCCCGUGCCGGUCACCAAGCCAGUGACAGUCAGCAGGCCUGUGCCGGUCACCAAACCAGUGACAGCCAGCAGGCCCGUGCCAGUCACCAAGGCUGUGCCGGUCACUAGGCCUGUGCCAGUCAGCAAGCCUAUACCGGUCACCAAGUCUGUGCCAAUUGCCAAGCCGGUAACAGUCAACAAACCGGUGCCGGUCACCAAACCAGUGACCAUCAACAAGCCGGUGUCUGUGACAAAGCUUGUGACAGUUACGAAACCCGUGCCAGUUGCGAAGCCGGUGACGGUCAGCAGGCCCAUUGUGGUCAGUAAGCCGGUGACGGUCAGCAGGCCCAUUGCCAUCAGCAGACACACGCCACCCUGCAAGAUGGUGCUGCUGACCAAGUCUGAGAACAAAGCUCCUCGGGCCGCGGGGAGGAGCAGCGGUAAGAAAAGGGCUGCAGACGGCCUGGGUGCCUGCCCCCUCCCGCCCAAGCAGGCGAGGCCGGAGAACGGGGAGUACGGCCCGUCCGCCACAGACCAGAGCUCAGCCUUCCCGCUGAGCACAGACCCCAGCAGCAGCCCCCUUUCUCUGGGCAGCAGACCCUUGGGGGGCAAGGAAGCGCCGAGGGCCGCGGGCCCCGUGUCCCUGCCUGAGGAGGGUGCGGAGCGCACGAAGCACAGAAGGAAACAGAAGACACCCAAGAAGUUUACGGGUGAGCAGCCCUCCAUCUCAGGGACUUUCGGACUCAAAGGCCUGGCCAAGGCGGAGGACAAAGCCCGCAUCCACCGCGCCAAGAAGCAGGAGGGGCCGGUCCCCGAGGAGGCGCGGAAGAAGGGGCCAGCCCCCACCAGCGCCGUCAGCAAGGAGGUGCCGGCCCCCGUGGCCCACCCGGCCCCAGGUGGCCCUGAGGAGCAGUGGCAACGGGCCAUCCACGAACGGGGGGAGGCCGUCUGCCCCACCUGCAACGUGGUCACCCGAAAGACCCUCGUGGGGCUCAAGAAGCACAUGGAAGUGUGUCAGAAGCUGCAGGAUGCACUUAAGUGCCAGCACUGCCGGAAGCAGUUCAAGUCCAAGGCGGGCCUCAACUACCACACCAUGGCUGAGCACAGCGCCAAGCCCUCUGACGCCGAGGCCUCGGAGGGGAGCGAGCAGGAGCGGCGGGAGCGGCUGCGGAAGGUGCUGAAGCAGAUGGGGCGGCUGCGCUGCCCCCAGGAGGGCUGCGGGGCCGCCUUCUCUAGCCUCAUGGGCUACCAGUACCACCAGCGACGCUGCGGAAAGCCGCCCUGCGAGGUGGAGACCCCUUCCUUCCCCUGCACCCACUGCGGCAAGACCUACCGCUCCAAGGCCGGCCACGACUACCACGUGCGCUCGGAGCACGCGGCCCCGCCCCCCGAGGAGCCUGCAGACAAGGCCCCCGAGGCUGAGGACCUGUUGGGUGUCGAGCGGACCCCCAGCGGCCGCAUCCGCCGCACGUCGGCCCAGGUCGCUGUGUUCCACCUGCAGGAGAUCGCGGAGGACGAGCUGGCCCGAGACUGGACCAAGCGGCGGAUGAAGGACGACCUGGUGCCCGAGACCGCACGGCUCAACUACACGCGGCCCGGCCUUCCUGUGCUGAACCCCCAGCUGCUGGAGGAGUGGAAGAAUGAGGUCAAGGAGAAGGGCCACGUCAACUGCCCCAACGAUUGCUGCGAAGCCGUCUACUCCAGCGUGUCCGGCCUCAAGGCCCAUCUGGCCGGCUGCAGCAAGGGGGACCACCUGGUGGGGAAGUACUGCUGUCUGCUGUGUCCCAAGGAGUUCAGCUCCGAGAGUGGCGUCAAGUACCACAUUCUCAAGGCCCACGCGGAGAACUGGUUCCGCACUUCGGCAGACCCGCCUCCCAGACACAAGGGCCCAGACUCCCUGGUGCCCAGGAAGGAGACGAGUCCGGCUGGCGGGAAGAAGCGGGGCCGCAAGCCCAAGGAGCGACCCCCUGAGGAUCCAGCCCCUGGGACGCCUCCCCACCGGGACGACUGGCCCCCAGGAGGCAGAGACAAGGGGGCCCGGGGCUCUGCUGGCCGGAAGGUGGGAGCCGGCAAGGCGCCCGAGAAGUGAGUUCGGAGCCUGGCAGGUGGGUGGGGCCCGGCCCCCUCUGUCCAGGGUGGGGCUCCAGAGCCUCCUGCCCUCCAGGUCUCCACCCCCCACCCCUGCCUGUUCAUCUGUCCAGCGGGGGCGGCCAGCCCUCUCCCCUCCCCGAGGGUGGCCCUGCCCCACGCGGGCUGCCGCAGGGCACCUUGGGCUGGGGCUCCCGGGAGGGCCAGGGCAGCUGCAGAAGUGCAAUAGUCUGGAGGGACCUUCACGGGCCGGCAAGAGGAAGGGCUACAGCCUGGGCUUCGGUGCUGGGGCGGCAUGGAGCAGGCAGACGGCCUUCUGGUCCUCGGCGUGUGAGCUCCGUGCCCCAUCUGCUUUCCCGGGCCCAAGGCUCGGGGGUCCCUGGUGGCCCGUGGUUCUGGGCUGAUGAGGGUACCUGAGCAGCCUCACCUCGUGACCCGACACUGGAACCCCGGCACCCCCCAGCUACCUCCCGGGACAGACCCCAAGACUGACAGCUGCCGUGCUGACCUGCCCGCCCCACUGCACCCCAUCCCCCCCACCCCCACCCCCACCCCCACCCCCACCCCGCCAUCUUCUGGUUCCUGCACUUCCGCUCUCUACCUCUCCAGGCCCACCCUCCCCUGCGGUGCAGCCCCUGCUGUGCCCGGGCCCUGCCCCACUGGCCCGUGUGCAUCAUGGUGGCGGAGGCAGCCCUGCUGCACCGUCCCCAGUAGCGCUCCCCACUGGGGGCCAGGCGGAGGCUCUGCUUCUGCCACUGCAGGGCUGUGGAGCAGGGGCCACGUGAAGUGAGCUCUGGCCUCAGCCUCCAGCUUCGCUAACGCCGCUGGCCCAAGUCGGGUAGCCUGAUGGGUUUAGGGAUGGGCCAGUCUGGGUUCCGGGGUCACCUGGGGCCCACGGGCAUGAGGGGCGGGGACCUGGGGCCUGGCUCGAGUAGUGACCACUGUGGGAAGCAGCCUCUGUCGCUGGCCUGGGUUGGCCCAUGGCCAAGCUCCCGUGGGAGCCUCCUUCCCCCUUUUUUACCUGCUCCUUCGUUUCUGGUUGUGUGGCCUUUUGAUGUGAGAGCCGAAGGCCAGGGGGAGCUUGGCCAAGGUCACAGUAGGUUGGUGGCAGCUCCAGGGCUCUGUCUUGGCUCCCUUUGGUGCCCUGAGGGCAGCGAGGUCUGUAGGUUGGGUCAGGUGGCGUCCAGGGCACCCUGAGGAUGCGGCCACGUGGUUUCUGACCUCCUGCCUGGGCCCCACCUUCCAACCAUGGCAUCGCUGGGACAGGGAGGGUGCUCAGAGCUGCUGCGUUUGGAUGGAGGCUGUUUUCCACGGGGGGGUGGGGGUGGGCUGAGGGCUCGGCCUUGCCGACCCUGGAUGAUGUGAAUUUUGAUAUUUGCCCGUGUGCGUGUGUCUCCUGGGUGUAGUGGAUGCCAGUCUUGUUGCUGUGACAAGUAACAAACCUUUUUUUUAAUUCUGUUUUUUAUACGAAAACUCACAACAAUCUGACAUUUUGGUGCUAAGGGUUUCCUGGUGCCGACGGUGGAUCUGGGGGCUGGGCUGGGGUCCCUCUCCUGCUCAGGGAGGCGGUGCUGACUGGGCACCCCUCUGCCCCCCAGCUCCUGUCCUCCUCCAGCCCCUGGCGAGGAGGGGCUGCAAUCCGGGCUCAGCUCUCCUCACCCUGCGCUAGGGAGACAGUUUCCGGGAGGGCUUUGGGGCCGAGGCGCCGUGCUGCCCAGUCUCCAGCUUCUUCCUUCAGCCAGAAUGCUCUGACGCCAGGCAGUCCUGGCCUGAUGUGCUAGGGAGGGGGUGUGGAGACGUGGACUCCCCCGCCACUCACACGCACCUGAUCUGAUCAGGGGGUGGAGGCCUGGGCAGGUGCAGGUAAUCCAGCAUCAAAGGCUGAGGCAAGCAGCAUGACUUCGGGGCAGGAGGGCUUUCUUUCCUGUGUUCCUGGGUGUCACUGGGGUGCAGCUGGUGGAGGUAGAGGUGGGUCGGGCAGCCACUGCAGGGGCAGCUGCCGGGGGGAGGGUGGGGAGCAGGCACUGAUGGGAGCCCCACGCGCACUUUGUCCUUGUCACCAAUGGUUGGAGGAGGUUGGACCUCAACACCUCUGCUGGGGAUAGCUGCCUGCCCCGGCCUCUCAGGUACUUGGCCCUUGGGGAGCGGGGGCUGGUUUUGGCUGGGGGAUGCGUUUCAUUGUCACCCCCGAAAGUCCACAUGUGGUCCCUGGCGUGGGAACCCCACCAGAUAUGUGGGAAGAGGUGGGGUCCUGGGUAACUUGAUGUUUAGCACUUUAACCCCCUUCUUUGUCUUUAAGGUGGGCGUGGGGACUGCUGCCAAAAGUGGCGCUGGGUUGGACCCCUCUCUCUCCCCUCUCCCCUCCCGGCUUCCAUGCUCUGGCUGGUGGGUGGCAGCAGCAAGCUGGUCCUCAGAGCCCUCCUCCUACGGUGGCAGAGCCCUGGGCGGCUCAGCAAGAUCUGCCCACUUCCCACUCUGGUGGGAGUGCAGCCAGGUAGCCUUGACUGACACCUUCAAUGAGAGGGACUGAGCGGCAGACACCCCCCUCCAUGCGGUGGGUGUGGACCCUGCCUGAGACCCCAAACCAGGGCACAAUGUCAGGUCCCUUUCUGAAGAUCUACCUCUGGCCCAGCCCACGCCCCCUUGCCCUGAGAACAGGAAAGGGUCGACUCAAGGGACCGACACGUCACACGAAAAUAGGAUGCGCUUUUGUGCUCAUGCAAGGGCAGAUGAGUGUCCCCUGGUGUGAGUGGUGGCCCUCCCAGUCGUAGGCCCCUCCUGUCCCUCUGGUUAGGAAGGGAAAGAAUGGGUGCACCCUGACCCGUAGAGGGGAGGGCUGUCCCGGUGUGUCCCCCUGGGUGGGCCCCAGGCAGCUGUCCUGGAGGCCUGGGGUUUGGGGGGCAGCCAGCACCUCCUGCCUGGCAGCCACACGUCCUGUACUUGGGGUUUCUUGGUUUGGGUGUUUUAAUGCCAGUUCUCCGUAAUAAGUGCAUUUCGAAAGAGAGGUUCCGGCUAUCAACUUGUAACCAUAUAUAUACGUAUAUAUUCUAUCUACAAAGUGUUUAUUUGCAAGAUGUUUUGACGGUGAGCUCGGGCCCUGCCCGCCUUGUGACCAUCUGUCCCCGGUCCUCGUCCCCGCACCCCGGCCCCAAGUGGCACGGGGGCGGGCCAUCAACUGUAUGUAUUAAAAAUGACUGUAUCAAAUAAAUGUUUAUUGAUUUUUUUCCA